GCGAGCACCCCAAGAAAACAUCAAGCAAAGCCAUUGAUCGGAGGCCAGUUCCAGUCGCAACCACCGGCGCGCGGGGGGCGGCGAUCGGAGCCAUGGGCGGCGGCACGCCGCGCAGCAGCAUUGGCCACAUCCUGCCCGGCGCCGGCUUCUUGGCCGUCGGCCUGUGGCAUCUGUUCAGCCACAUCAGGCUCUUCUCCCUGAGCCCGGGCGCGUACGUCGCGCCGGUCUGGUUCCCCGCGCCGCGCGUCCGCCAUCUCGAGCUCAUCCUCGUCAUCGCCGGCAGCGCCGUCGAGUUCGCCAUGGAGAUGUUCGUCGACCACUCCACCUUCCUGCCGUUCGACGCCGACGGCUCCAUCCCGUCGGACCGCCUGCACAACCACGAGCACGCCAUCAUCUGCCUCGCUCUCCUCGUCUACGCGGCCUCCGCGCUGCACCUCGACCGCGUCCGGGCGCGGUGCCGCGGCACGCUCUCCCUGCUCCUGGUCGCGGCCGUCUUCGCGCAGGAGCUGCUCGUGUUCCACUUCCACUCCACCGACCACGCCGGCCUCGAGGGCCAGUUCCACUGGCUCCUGCAGCUCGUCGUCGCCGCGUGCCUCGCCACGGCGCUCCUGGGCAUCGCCUUCCCGCGGAGCUUCGCGGUGAGCCUGGUCCGGUCGGCGUGCAUCACGUUCCACGGCGUGUGGUUCAUGGUCAUCGGCGCCAUGGUGUGGGUGCCGAGCCGUGUGCCCAAGGGCUGCUCGCUCGUUCAGGAGGACGGCCGCGACACCGUGCGCUGCCACAGCAAGGCCAGCCUGCAUCGCGCCAAGGCGCUUGCCAACCUGCAGUUCGGGUGGUACCUGACCUUCAUGACGGUGUUCGUCGUCGCCCUAUACCUGUACGUGUGCAAGAGGUAUCCUGCGGAGGCAACGUACUUGCGGGUGCCGGAAGCCAGCGAAGAGGAGGAAAACCUGGAGCAGCGUAAGUGCGGGGCGUUGCGCGGCGGCGACGAUGUCCGCCAUGGAUUCACCCCGUUGGAGAUCGAGGUGUAAUAACUGGGCAAUUGUAGAACAUGUUCCUGCAUGUACACUUGUACGGUAGCUUGCAUGUGCCAUGGAUUCAUUGAUCUCUUGUCCGUAUGUACAAUGUAGUCAAAAGUUAAGGUUUAUAUACGUGCAUUGUUUUUUUUUUCA